AUGGUCGAUCCAACUUUGGCAGAGAUGGGAAAGAAUCUUAACGAAGCAAUGAAAAUGUUAGAAGAUAAUCAGAGACCUCAAGAGGACGAGAAUGAUAACAAAAAGUACACAAGGAAAGAUAUUCCAGGACCUCUUCAGGGAGGUGGACAAAACAUGGUGAAUAUUCUUCAGUUAGUUCAGAACCUCAUACAUGCAGACGAUGGGGAGGAGUCACAAUCUUGCCGGGUAACUCGAAUGCAGAUUGUUGGUGAACAAGGUCACAUGGCAUUAUUGGGUGCAGGUUGGCAAGCCUAUAUUUCAGUGCUGGAUAAAGACAGGCUAAGGAAACUGACUACCAGGAUUCUCUCCGACACAACACUUUGGCUUUGUAGACUCUUCAGAUAUGAAAACGGCUCAGCUUAUUAUCACGAGGAUGAUCGAGAGGGACUACUUAAAGUGUGUAGACUUGUGAUUCAUUCCCUCUAUGAAGACUACACUACAGAGGGGUUCAACGUGUUAUACAACAAACAGCCAGUUAUCUACAUCAGUGCAGCUUCCAGGCCAGGCCUAGGACAGUCACUCUGUAACCAGCUUGGACUUCCCCUCUCCUGUCUGUGUCGUGUACCGUGUAACACAAUGUUUGGAUCCCAGCAUCAGAUGGAUGUUGCUUUAUUGGAGAGACUUCUUAAAGAUGACAUCCAGUCUGGGAAAUGUCCUCUCCUGCUAGUCGCCAAUGCUGGUACACCAGGAGCAGGUCACACUGACAAACUGGGGAGAUUAAGGGAACUGUGUGACCAGUACAAUAUGUGGCUACACGUGGAAGGAGUAAAUCUGGCAACUCUGGCUUUAGGUUACGUUUAUCCUUCUGUAUUGGCGGCAACCAGGUGCGACAGCAUGACUCUAACUCUUGGCCCAUGGUUGGGUCUUCCAGCUGUUCCAGCUGUUACACUCUAUCGGCAUGAAGAUCCCUCCUUGUCGCUAGCUGCCGGCCUCACAUCAUGCCAGCCCGUGGAGAAACUCCGUGCCCUACCGCUCUGGUUGUCAUUGCAGUAUCUUGGUCAUAAUGGGAUUAUUGAGAGGAUAAAGCAUGCUUCACAACUGAGUCAGAGGCUGCUGGAAAAUUUAAAGAAGCUGAACACUAUUAAAACUUCGGUUGAAAAUGAGGACAGCUCACCAGUGGUUGUGUUCAAAUUCAGUUAUGAAGGAUCAAAAUCAGAUUCAACUCUUAACUUGACCACAGUUGAAAGAGAAGCUGACGCUAUGAAUCAGUGGCUUGGAGAACAGCUGGCUAUAUUAGUUCCUGCAAGUGGUGUGGAUGUGGUAGAGCUGGAAGAUGAAGGCACUUGUGUUUGCUUUAACCCACUAAUGACAUCUGCAGUUCUAGGAACCAACUUUGAAGACAUUGACCAGUUGAUCGCAAACAUUGAGACAAAGAUCCCCGUCAUUCAGAACACACUGCAGCUGAAGGAUGAAUUUAAACAAGAGGUGGAGAGGAUAGCAGGACUCUCGUAUAUUACGGACUACAGUUGGGCUGGACUUGGAGUUUUAAGGUACGAGCAUAUCAGCGAAGAACUAGACGAGGGGAAACAAGAAGCAGAGCUAGAAAAAAUCAAUACAUCACUACUAAAGAAACUAAAUGAGCUGGAAUCAGACCUUUCCUUCACUUCAGGACCUGAGUUUGGGGGAGAGAAGAACUGCAUCUAUAUAGGUAUGGCGACAGAUGACGUAGAUGUCUCGGAGCUUGUAGAGACCAUUGCAACAAUGGGCAGAGACAUUGAGGAAAGUUCAAAGUUACUUGAAAAUAUGACAGAAGUUGUUAGAAAGGGUAUUUUGGAAGCAGAAAUACAACUUCAAAAAGCCAAUGAAGAAAGACUUUUAGAAGAGGGUGUCUUACGGCAGAUUCCACUUGUUGGCUCUAUGUUAAACUGGUUCUCUCCAGUGCAAGCAACACCCAAAGGCAGAACUUUUAAUUUGACAGCAGGUUCUCUGGAAUCGACAGAAAUUACUUAUGCAUCGAAAGCACAAUCUGGACUGACUCCUCCACCAACUCCCACUUCUGGACACGCUAGAAGACAUCCAGGUCAGAAAUUGUUUAAAAGAAUGUCGCGCAAUUCUGAUGCUUACAGUGAGACCAGCUCGAUAAGUCAUUUGGAGGAAGCAGAAAAUCUUGAAUCUCUUCCUACAUUGGAAGCACAACCGUGCAGUGCUGCGGAAGUUGAAAUUCCCAUCCAGUCAUCUACUGCCCAUCCAGCAGAAUCGUCCAGCGAGGAAUCUCCGGAACCCGAUAUAGUCAGCAUUAAUACAGCAGAUUCAGAAAGCCUAAGAUAAAAAUAUGUUUUUAUAUAUAUAUUAUUGAUUUUUAAACAAACUUUAGACUUGACUGCUCUUAAGGUGUAUCGGUAUAAAGCCUAUUUAAAAUGUGAACAGUGCCACAUGAUUCUACAGUAUAAACUACUGUAUUAAAUUAUUAACUUGUCUGCACAAAUAAUAUAAAUUAAAUGUUUUUUUUGGUAUGAGG